AUGAAUAAUAACAACAGAAAUAAUAAAAAUAGAAACACCAAUAACCGAAAUAAAAGGCAACUCCAACAAGCAAAAGACAAAAAUGAAAAUAUUCAUAUCCCUAGGUAUAUUAGAAAUCAACCAUGGUACUAUAAGGAUACCACCAAAAAACAAGAGGAUGAGGAGACCAGCAAUAUUGGCACGAGCACAGCAAAAGAAGGAGAAAAGAGCGAUUAUUUAGUGCAUCAUAGGCAAAAAGCAAAAGGGGGAGCUUUAGAUAUUGACAAUAAUUCAGAACCAAAAAUUGGCAUGGGUAUCAAGGAUGAGUUCAAACUAAUCAAACCCCAAGGAAUAACCGCAAGAGAUUCUCAUUCACUGACGUUCUGUAGAAAUUGUGGGGAAAUAGGGCAUAAGGAGAAAGAUUGCAUGGAAAGACCUCGGAAGGCACAGAAGGUCAUGCCAGACUUAAAUUCAAAAAAGGCUAAUGGCACUGUUUUAGUACGAGCUACCGAUGACGACUGGGACUCUAGAAAAGAUAGAUGGUACGGUUACUCAGGGAAAGAAUAUAAUGAACUGAUAAGUAAGUGGGAGCGUGAUCGAAAAAUUAACAUAAUAGCCAAAGACAAAUCCCAAACCGAUGAAACGCUUUGGGAUACGGACGAAGAGAUAGAGUUGAUGAAGUUAGAACUUUACAAGGACUCCGUGGGUUCACUCAAAAAAGAUGAUUCAGACAAUUCUCAGUUGUAUAGGACAUCAACGAGGUUGAGAGAAGAUAGGGCUGCGUAUUUGAACGAUAUAAAUUCAACGGAGAGUAAUUAUGAUCCUAAAUCAAGAUUGUAUAAGACUGAAACGCUGGGCGCAGUUGAUGAAAAAUCAAAAAUGUUCCACAGACAUUUGACAGGUGAAGGCUUAAAGUUAAAUGAAUUAAACCACUUUGCUAGAUCACAUGCUAAGGAAAUGGGGAUACGUGAUGAAAUUGAGGAUAAGGAAAAGGUACAACAUGUUUUAGUCGCCAAUCCUACUAAAUAUGAAUAUCUAAAAAAAAAACGGGAGCAAGAAGGGUCCAGAGAGCCCAAGGUCGUCAGUAUUGGAGAAUUGGAAGCCAAGAAAGUGAGUGGUACAAAGCAAUCAGAGGAACAACGCAAACAGUUAAAAGAUUUAUAUGGUUGA